AUGCACCACGGCAUCCACCAAGGCACCCACAACCAAUGGGAGGAGACCACCCUCACAGUUUGGCUUAAACUUAACACCCAAGCCGACGCCAUUUCCCCUCGCGGCUUCGGGAAAAAGGAACUGCAGUACAUCAUUAACUCUGUCUGGAUCCCCAGUGUCCUCUACCGCACGGCCAUCUGUGACGCCAACAGUAUCACCCCUGCCCUCGACAGCCUUUUCUGUAAGACGGCGCGCCUCGUUCUCCGUUUACCACAUUACUAUCCCAAUGCAUGGUACAACGACCCCACUGAUGGACUAGGUCUCGUCCACUGUGAACGCUUCAGCCACAUCCAACGGCUCUACCAAUUCCUCCGGAUUGCCAACAACCUGGCUCGCCGCCCACGACAUCCUCAUGGAAUCCCUUGA